AUGGUGGAGUUUGCAAGUCAUGGAGAUCUAGCACUCUCUAACUGGAAGAAGUUUAUGGCAUCCAGACCACCUCUGUUCAUGUCUAUAUCUCCUUCUCCUCCACCCAUGUCCAUGUGUAUAUCUCUUCCUCGUGCUUAUAAGAAAACCUGCCACCUACUACAGGACUUUGAUGGAAAAAAGUUCAAAACCAUCAUUCCUCAUUCUGCUGGCAGAGAGUGUGUUGGAUUAACUUGUGGUUACUUGGUCUUGUUCGGGAAGGAAACCAAAGACUUGUGGCUUGUGAAUCCUAUCACAAGGCAUCAACUUCAUUUCCCUUGUGUCCCCUUUGAUUUUGAUGAUUUUCGAAAUUCAAAAGUCAGGGCUAUCUUGGUCUUUUCACCUUUAGUAUCCGGGUGGUUGCUGGUUAUUUCAGAGAGUUAUGCCAGGAAAAUAUGGUUUUCAAUAGCGGGCAAAGGAGAAUGGAAUCAUGUCUCCUUUUCCUCCAAAUUCUACAUCAUUGAUUCCCAUGUUUUUAAGGGGAAGAUAUAUACCCUAAUCGGCAGUGAAAAGCCAGGAGAUGAAUAUCAGUUAUUUGAAAUGAGACUCCAUCCACAUCCCAAAUUGACUUUGCUCGAAACAAAGAAUUUUCUGAAGCGAACAUAUCCUCCGAUGUUAGGAAGUUGGGGUGAAAACCUUUAUUUGAUGCACUACUUUUCCCCAGAUUUGUACUAUUUUCACGAACUAGAUUUUGGUAAAAUGAAAUGGGUGUGUAGUGAAAAGACAAGAAAGGAAUAUGCAUUCUUUUGUAACGUGGAGCAUGUUGUUGCUAUAAAACCAGAGUCAUGGGCUGAGACUAAGAACAGUUGGAAUGACCAGUUCAAUUAUGCAAAGAUGUGGUACUUCCCCAUGAUUGUUUGA